AUGAAGCAGGUAGAGGCGCCGGCGGGCGGUGCGGGGCGGUGCGGGGGGCGGCGGGCGGCGGCGCGGCUCCCCCGCCCCUCCCCGCUGACGGGCUCCCCGCCGCAGGCGCUGGUGGACGACACCGAGGAUGUGUCCCUCGACUUCGGGAGCGAGGAAGAGCUGGCGCUGCGGAAAGCCAAGAUCAGGCACCCACUGGCCACCUUUUUCCACCUGUUUUUCCGAGUGAGUGCUAUUGUUACCUACUUAUUCUGUGACUGGUUCAGCAACAGCUUUGUUGCCUGUUUUGUCACUAUUCUCCUUCUUCUGUCCUUUGACUUUUGGUCAGUUAAGAACGUGACAGGAAGACUCUUGGUUGGUUUGCGUUGGUGGAACCAGAUUGAUGAAGAUGGGAAAAGCCACUGGGUGUUUGAAGCAAAAAGAGUGCCUACAAUAGCUGCCUCAACUGAAGCUGAAGCUCGAAUCUUUUGGCUUGGUCUCAUUAUCUGUCCGGUUAUUUGGACAGUGUUUUUCUUUAGCACCUUGUUCUCCUUGAAGCUGAAAUGGCUGGCUCUUGUGAUAGCUGGGAUCUCCCUUCAGACUGCUAAUUUAUAUGGCUACAUCCACUGCAAAUUAGGGGGACAAAAAAGCAUCAGCAGAGUAACCUCAAGUUUUUUUGUCCCAGCAGAUGUUCCCAAGAGACAGACAAGGAGAAUGUCAGAAGACCGCACUGAAGAACGCAGGAAGACAGGCACUAGAUAAAUAAGGAAGAACUAGAAGGAUGAGCAGUAAAAAUACUCAUUUAUGAAAGCUGUUCUUCAUAUGAAGAUAUUUAAGUAAAGCUCUUCUAGAAUUAUGCCUGCAUGAAAUAAUAAGGAUUUUGUCAUUUGUGUUUGAGUCUUUAGCUUCUGAAAGGUUUAGAGCCUUUGUUCCUUACUUGAAAGUUUCAUCAGAAAGCGGUUUGUAUAGGCACAAAGCCAACGCUUAUGGUUUAUACAGAGCACACUUUAAGAAAAAAAUCUGUCAACUAACGUGAAACUGUUGGGUUAUCUUAACCAAGAAUUAGAACGUAAUCAAGAGAGGAUGCUCAUUUGUUUAACUUUGGAACUACAAUAAACACAAUCAAACUGCCUUUCCCUCUGGUACACAAUACUGAUUUCUCAAAGCUUUGAUUCCUCAAUAAAGAGAGGAAUUACAAAGGGCCUCUUAGUUAUUAAAGAUACAGAAAUGUUUAUUUUUUAGUGCUCAGGCUUAGGGUCGAGUAGAAGAACGAACAAAAGUCAUGUAGCACGUUAACACAGUACUUGUGUGAAGCAGCCAGUUGUGUAUAAAUAGUUAAAAUGUUAAUCUUAUUCCGAUACCUGUAAUAAAUAAAAUAUUGUACUUGUA